CUUGCUUUCAAUCUGAAGUUGCGUGGUGAAUUCAUCGAGGUGAUGAAAUGGUUACAAGUCCCUCGAUCCGUAUAAUCGGGCACAAGACACUUUCGAAACGAAAACAGCACAAAAGCAAUACGAACAAGUGUUUAUUGUUACAGGAUGAUGUGCUCCGAAACGGAGACGUGAGAGCGCGCGCCGAAGAAGCACACGCUGGACUGUGAAUUUCUGGAUUUUCUCUAUUGAACAUGUUAAUGUGUGGAGAUAUAACUUCUUAAAUUAAGCAGACAUGUGGCCGACUUGUUUUCUUCUCUGCUGCUGCUUGGUCUUCACGAUCGAUGUGCUUCAGAUGAGCGCCGCGCAGUCAGUCUGUCCCGGGACCGAUAACAAACUCAGCACGUUGUCUGAUUUGGACCAGCAGUACAAAACUCUUCGCAAGUUCUACGAGAACUGUGAAGUGAUCAUGGGUAAUCUGGAAAUCACCAGUAUCGAACGCAACCGCAACCUGUCGUUCCUCAAGCAUUCCCUCAACUCUGACCAGUUUCCUAUUCCCUGCUGUUGA